GGUCACUAGGAGACGCCAUCAGAAGCGCGGGCAUAUUUUCCACGAAAUCGACUUGGUAUAGCGCCUAGAAACUUCUACGACGAGACAUGCGUGAGUGUAUCUCCAUCCACGUCGGUCAGGCCGGUGUCCAGAUUGGCAAUGCAUGCUGGGAGCUGUACUGCCUGGAACAUGGGAUCCAGCCAGAUGGACAGAUGCCCAGUGACAAGACAAUUGGGGGAGGAGAUGAUUCCUUUAACACCUUCUUCAGUGAGACUGGAGCUGGAAAACAUGUCCCCAGAGCUGUUUUUGUGGACCUGGAGCCCACAGUCAUCGAUGAGGUGCGCACUGGGACGUACCGCCAGCUGUUCCACCCUGAGCAGCUGAUUACUGGCAAAGAGGAUGCUGCGAACAACUAUGCCCGUGGACACUACACCAUUGGCAAAGAGAUAAUCGACUUGGUGCUGGACAGGAUCCGCAAACUGGCCGACCAGUGCACUGGUCUUCAGGGCUUCCUGGUGUUCCACAGCUUCGGAGGUGGCACUGGCUCUGGAUUCACCUCCCUCCUAAUGGAGCGUCUCUCUGUAGACUACGGCAAAAAGUCCAAGCUGGAGUUCUCCAUCUACCCGGCUCCCCAGGUGUCCACUGCUGUGGUGGAGCCCUACAACUCCAUCCUGACCACCCACACCACCCUGGAGCACUCCGACUGUGCCUUCAUGGUAGAUAAUGAGGCCAUUUACGAUAUUUGCCGAAGGAACCUCGACAUCGAGCGUCCUACUUAUACCAACCUGAACAGGCUGAUCAGUCAGAUCGUCUCCUCCAUCACAGCUUCCCUUCGUUUCGAUGGUGCCCUCAAUGUUGAUCUGACAGAGUUCCAGACCAACUUGGUACCAUAUCCUCGCAUCCACUUUCCUCUGGCUACCUACGCCCCAGUCAUUUCGGCUGAGAAGGCGUAUCACGAGCAGCUGUCGGUAGCAGAAAUCACCAACGCCUGCUUCGAGCCAGCCAAUCAGAUGGUGAAGUGCGACCCUCGUCACGGCAAAUACAUGGCAUGCUGCCUUUUGUACCGUGGCGACGUUGUUCCCAAAGAUGUCAACGCUGCCAUUGCCACGAUCAAAACAAAGCGCUCCAUCCAGUUUGUGGAUUGGUGCCCUACUGGUUUCAAGGUGGGCAUCAACUACCAGCCACCCACUGUGGUUCCUGGUGGAGACUUGGCCAAGGUCCAGAGGGCCGUCUGCAUGUUGAGCAACACCACUGCUGUUGCAGAGGCCUGGGCUCGACUUGACCACAAGUUCGACCUGAUGUACGCCAAGCGUGCCUUUGUUCAUUGGUAUGUGGGCGAGGGCAUGGAGGAGGGCGAGUUCUCUGAGGCCAGAGAAGACAUGGCGGCUCUGGAGAAGGAUUAUGAGGAGGUUGGAGUCGACUCCAUCGAGGGUGAGGAUGAGGAGGGAGAGGAAUAUUAAAAAUUCCCAAAAGUAUUGAAGGUUAAACAGUUACAUGUGUGUGUAGCAUUUCAGGUCAAAAUAAUUUCAAAAUAAAACCCUGUCCUACGUUUCUGGACCAUGCCUUUUUUAUGUGGUGAAUCAG